UGUGUGUCAUCCUCGUGUUUUAUGUUGGCGACCACACUUGCCCAAAUCCCCAGAUUCCAUCCACCCUGCAUCUACAAUCCGGACGUACGCGCACCAUCGUCGGUUGAGUGGAUAAAGCACCGAACCGGAAAGAAUGACAAAUCCAAUAAGUCACACAACGGGCUACAGAUACGCGGCUCCCAUUUGCGCUCAUCCCAAGUCUUCGAAGCCGGAUACGGAAGGAAAAGAACGCGGUCUGCAAUUAUCGUGGCCAUUUGGCAGUCAGCAUAGACGUGCGAUCGUAAGCAAGGGUCCUGUGGGUAUUGAUACGGUCCAUGUUCGCGAGAUCCUCCACACUUCAAGCGAAGACAUCCAAAGGCAUAGCCAUUUAACGCAAGGCUCGUUCGAUAAAUCGGAAUGGCAGGUGCUAGAACUGGCGAUACCACUGGUCCCUGCGGUGAAGGUUGAAGUGGAGAACCAAGAUCGAUUCCAGUAUUUCCAGCAUACCGCAUCAAAAGCACUUGCCAUUCUCGGCCAUGAGCCCAAAGCAUUAGGAAACGUGCUGAUCAGGAUUGCCCUAGCCAGCAAUACGAGCUCCGCCAAAGCAGUGCGCGAAUGUAUUCUGGCGUACUCCGCACUGCAUCGCCAUGGCAUCCACCCACAAGCUGUGGAGAGCAAGAUUGCUGGACUCAAUGCUUUGAAAGUUGCAUCAUUCACAGAACCGAAUGGAAUCGACAAUUUGGAGGCGAUACAGCACGUUGCCGCAGGAAUGCUGCUGUUGUCGUUCGAGAUCCACCUAUCAAUCUGCACUUCAGACGACUGGACGAAGUACCUAUGCGGAGUCAAAAACAUCAUCAGAGCUGCCGGCCUGGAUACGCUCGACCAAGACCAAGACCUCGCGAUCUUGCUGGAUUGGGUGUACUACCAGGAUGUCCUCGCUCGCUUCAGUUUGCGACAUUGGUAUAGACAAUAUGGGAAGCCAGCUCUGAACCUGAUCACGGUCACUUGCACGCCUGCCGACACAACUCUACAUAUGACGGAUUGGAUCGACCAGAGCAUGCGUAGGAAGUCAGCCAAUUUGAAUCUCAUCAGCUUACUGUCUGAGCUCUGCGAUGCGGUACCAAAACCUCUUUGCGGCUUACCCUACUCUGAGGUCGACGAACGGAAGCGCUUCCUCGAGAUCCUCGAAUGGAAGAUCAGAAAUCUCGAACCGUCACCCGUGGCUUACGACCACGAAAGAUCGCCUUUGAUAAUGGAACUGUACAAGCUGGCCAUGCUGGUGUACCUCCAUCGAGUGACCGCCGGUCAGCUCAAACAAACAGUGAACAUGCAAUUCCAAAUUGAUCGGGCAUUCGAGAUACUAUUGCAGCUCGGCUCGUGUGAGCGGCAAUUUCCCGUUUUCGUGUUUGGCUGCGAAGCGAGAACCGAUGCACAGAGAGCAAUCAUAUUGGAUACCAUGUCACGCACCGAGAGCUCGGUGUCUUCGCGUUCGUUGAACCAUGCUCGACUCUUGCUUCAAGCUAUCUGGGCACAAGAUGAUUUAGCGGAGGGCAAGACUCUGUACUGGAAAAAGAUAAGUUAUGUGAUCAGUUGCUGUACAAUACCGCCUUCAUUUACCUAGAAAUUUCACGCAC